AUGGGGGGCUGGAGAAGGAGAACGAGGAGCGCGGGGAGCAGGUGUACGGCGACGCCGCGAAGCAGCUCGCCCUCGACUCGAGCGUGGCAAAGUGCGUGUCCAACCUGCUGUGCACCUGCACGCAUACUAACGCCCGUCAGCAGGCGCUACCCGACGCGCGAGUGGACGCUGCACGACUUUGACAUCGGGCGGCCGCUGGGCAAGGGGAAGUUUGGGCGCGUGUACAUGGUGCGCACGAAGGCGGAGCCCAAGUACAUCCUCGCGCUCAAGACGCUGUACAAGUCCGAGAUCGUGCAGUCCCGCGUCGAGAAGCAGAUCCGGCGCGAGAUCGAGAUCCAGCAGAACCUGCGGCACCCGAACGUCCUGCGCCUGUACGGCUACUUCCACGACGAGAAGCGGAUAUUCUUGAUGCUCGAGUUCGCGGGGAAGGGCGAGUUGUACAAGCAGCUCUCGAAGCAUGGGUGCUUUUCGGAGAAGCGCUCGGCGAGGUACAUCGACCAGAUGGCGGACGCGCUCACGUACUUGCAUGGCAAGCACGUUAUCCACCGGGACAUCAAGCCGGAAAACUUGUUGCUGGGGAUUAACGGCGAAUUGAAGAUUGGCGACUUCGGUUGGAGCGUGCAUGCGCCGGGCAACCGGAGAAAGACCAUGUGCGGAACGCUGGACUACCUCCCGCCGGAGAUGGUCGAGCAGAAGGAGCACAACGAGCGCGUCGACCACUGGGCACUGGGUGUCCUGACGUACGAAUUCUUGAUUGGCAACCCGCCUUUCGAAGAUAGAGAUAGCGUUAACAAUACAUACCGUCGCAUCGCAAGUGUCGACCUGAGAUUCCCAAACCAUAUGUCGUCUGAUGCGCGAGACCUUAUCUCGAAGCUAUUGAGACACGACCCGCAAGACCGCAUCUCCCUUGCUGAGGUCAUGAAGCACCCAUGGAUUGUCAAGUACCGUCCAAAGGGUCAGAUCCGGCCCAGUCAGCUCGGCAUGUAG